GUUUGUUUGAUACCUCUAAAGUGUGAGAAAUAUGUUUCAUCAGUUUGUGGUGUUAGGGUUCCUUCUGGUACUGGGAGGGGCCUCAGUGUCUGGGGCUGCCUUGGAGAAGUACCAAGUUUAUGCUCAAAAGGAAUGCAGCUUAACAAGAUAUCCCAGCAUUUGUGUUCAAAGCUUGAUGGGGUUGGGUGGUUCUGGGCACCAAGAUCCUCAACAUGUUGAUAUAAUGUCGGCUCUUAUUAACAAGACCAUUUAUGAGACCCGGUUGGCUGCCUCCGAGUUUUCUAAAUUCAGCUCCCAAUUAUUUGAAGUCCGUGAAUCUCAACCCUCUCACAGUUCUGUCAAAGACUACUGUGAAGAGCUAAUGACCAUGUCCUUGAAGCGCCUAGACCAAUCCCUGAUAGCUCUCAAGAAUUCGCCCUUGAAAAACAAGUAAGACAUUCAGGCGUGGCUAAGUGCUGCCUUGACUUUCCAAGAAACAUGCAAGGACUACGCCGCCGACCACGACCUCAGCCUCACGAGCUCCGACAAUCUCAGGGUCGAUCUUUCCAAGCGCCUAGACUAUGCCUCUCAGUUGGGAAGUAAUCUAUUAGCUCUCGUCAAUCGUGCUACGAGUUCCGGUUCUCCGAAGAACACAACUCGUGAGAAACAAGCAGAGAUUUUUCCAGAAUGGCUUUCUCCGAAGAACCGGAAACUACUUCAAACAACCACCGUCAAAGCGAACGUGGUGGUUGCCCAAGAUGGAUCAGGGAACUGUAAGACGGUGUCAGAGGCUAUUGAGGCAGCUUCUGGGGGUCGCUUUGUGAUUUAUGUAAAGGCGGGAGUUUAUAAGGAGAAGAUUCGGGCUAACAAAGAUGGUAUUACGUUGAUCGGAGAUGGAAAAUAUUCGACUAUUAUUACUGGGGAUUCUAGCGUCUCUAAAGGAGCUUCCAUGCCUGGCUCAGCUACUUUCACCGUAACAGGAGAUGGAUUCAUAGCUCGAGAUAUUGGUUUCCAAAACACAGCUGGCGCCGAUGCAGAACAAGCUUUAGCUCUGUACAUCUCUUCUGAUCACUCGGUUCUCUACAAGUGUAGCAUUGUUGGCUACCAAGACACACUCUACGCCCUCGCCCUCCGCCAAUUCUACAGAGAAUGCGACAUCUACGGCAGCAUCGACUUCAUUUUCGGAAACGCCGCCGCCGUCUUCCAGAGUUGCAAUAUCGUAUUACGCAGGCAUAAGGGCUACAAUGCAAUCCUGGCAAGCGGGAGGUCCGACCCGGGACAAACCACGGGAUUUUCUGUCCAAAAAUGUAGGAUCGUAUUUUCCGUCCAAAACUGUAGGAUCGUUCCCGGGUCGGACUUAUCUCCUGUUAAACGUUCAUACAGUUCGUAUCUUGGGAGGCCAUGGAAGGCCUAUGCUAGGGCCGUGGUCAUGCAAUCUAACAUUGACGACGUUAUCGCACCCAGAGGCUGGGUCGAGUGGCCUGGGGCUGGAGCCUCUAACCCCAAAUCACUCUACUUUGCGGAGUUUGAAAAUGUAGGACCUGGGGCUGGAGUGAGCCAGAGGGUGCAGUGGCCAGGGUUUCAUGUUAUUGGAGCUGAUGUGGCUGUUCAGUAUACUGUUGCUAACUUUAUUGCUGGAAUUUCAUGGCUGCCUUCGACUGGGGUGACUUUUGUUUCUGGCCUCCAUUGA